AUUCACUUCUUCAUCCCGCCGUUCGAGUUAUAAAGCUAAGUUGAACGCAAAGUGUGUCAUUUUAAGGCCUUUAUUUUAGUGACAUGAAACCAAGAGAACGCAGUGAGUGAAAAUGACACAAAAGAAAUUUUCAGGGGCGCCUUUUGGAGUCCAAACUGUGAGGUAAGCAUCGUGCCCUGUCAGACCGUCAUCAUGGGCUUGGCAAAGUUGUCUGUCGAGAUAAACUUAGAAAAGUACCGGUAUGUUUGCUGAUUUUUGCAGUACUUGGUGCUUUAAUAAUCCUAAUUGGGUUAGCCUGCGCGCAGACGAAACUAAACUCUGGAGUUAACCAGAGUUUAUUUUCAUCUGCGCGCAGGCUAUAAUUGGGUGCACAUGAAAAUAAUCUUUGAAAAUAUUUAGGGAGGUUUUCAGUCUACGUUUUUCAUCAUCUUGAGGAAUGUUUCCGAACAACAAAAGAAUCCAAUUCUUUCGCGCGACAGUUCUAGAGGUACUAUUUAAGCCUUAUAAGUAAGUGAUUUUUCUUUUAAGAAAUCAAAUGACUUUCUCAGGUUUGAUGUUGCUGGUAUUCAUCCAAAAAGCAAAACCCCAGGAACAAUUACUCAGGUUGCUUAUGACAGAAAGUGCAUGUCCGAAGUGGUAAGUCAAUCGAUAGAAGACUCAACAAUUACCCUGAAAAAGUUUAGCCUGUUCCAGGCAUUCAGAUAGUAGAGCGCGGCGAUCAGUGUGGAGCGAGUUAAAUUGUACACUGGGAAACCGGGGGGGGAGGGAAGGCGACAGCGAGGGAACGCCUGUAAACAUCUUAACAAAGGGUCGUUCUGGUAUACUGGAUUCCAGUAUACCCUCUUAUCGGUCGAUUAUGACACCUUCUGUUAACACUCGAGCACUAAUGGCAUUGAAGGUCACAUUUCACACGAGCUUAUGGGUCGUGUCCAGGUUGUCAACACUUUGUGUCACAAUUCAGUCAAACUGUAGUUCAUGUCACAGUUACAGGGUCGGCGGUCAAUUAAGAGCAGAAAGAGCUUUGUAAGGCAAUGUUUACAGGAGUUCCCUGCCCCUUAAUUUCCCCGUCUAGUCUCCCCUUGUUUUCUUUCUUAGUGAAUUUUUCUCCUGUGCUCUACUAUCUGAACACCUGGAACAGGCUAGAAAAAAUUAAGAGGUAUUGGCUUAUGGGGGCAAAAUUUUAUACCACAUGUAAGGCCCAUGUAAACACAAAAAAUUACACGCUACUCAAGGGAAACCAAAAACUAUAAGAAUUUAAUGGCAAUACAUAAAUCUUCAUUAAAUCACUUCCUAAGGCCCAGUUUAGAUGCCAAACUUUUCAUGAGCCAAUUAAACCUAAUUUGAAUUAUUAAAAAGGAAGACCCAAAUUAUUUAGACCGGCUGAACUGAUUCAAAUGCCAAUCAUAAUUGCAUCUGAACUAACUUCAAAAGGCGGAAAAUGCUCAUUUCGUUCAAACUGUUUACAAAAUAUGUUAUAAUUUAUGUAUUAGGUUUGGUACAUGAAAAGUUCAGCGUCUGAAUCAAAGUUGCUCUAAUGGUGAAAUUCCUAGCCGGACUGGGCAAAAGGAACAGCUAAGCCAAUCCAAAUUGAAACAGGCGUUCUUAAUUGAUUCAGACACCAAACUUUUCAUGUACUUAAAUUCAAUCUAUUAGGUGCAGCUCAUGAAAAGUUUGGCAUCUGAACUGGGCCUAAGGGAUAGCUCACUUUCAACUUCUCAUCUAUAACUGGGCAGUUACACAUUUAGGUACACUAUCUAAGGAUCACACCAGGAACCUUAAAUACCCUCAGAAGCCAUACCCUGUAUCAGGCGGCAGAUACCUAUCUAGUCCACACAUGGGAGUACCCCCUGGGAAUAUUCCUGAGUACCCACUGACUCCCAUAUAAUGUUUGGAGAAUUCAGUGUUAAAUUUUAAUUGUUUGUACUUGAUUUUGUGAAUGUAUCAAUUUUUUAAUUUAAGAAUCGCCGUCUUGGACCUGGCUCUUACAACAUUGAUGCAGGUGGAUUUAACCCAAAAGCUGUGUUAGAGAGAUCAGCUGGUCCAGGUGAGAAAAAUCUGUAUAAAGUAUUACUCCCUUGUUCAGGCAGAAAUGCUGCAUUAAGUGUGAGAUAUUGUUUAUAUGGCAUACUUAACACAUGUUCCUCUCAGAGACUCAGAGGACCAUUUGUUCUAAUACACCUUCAGUGCAUGCACACAUAUUAUCUGCUGUUGACAUGUUAGAUUAGACUGCAAGCAGUCUGUUUUCAGUCAGUUGAGUCAAGGCUUGGCAGGACCAGAGAGUCAGUGAAAUGGCCUUGGCCGGCCUUUUUUUCUUUGUUUGCUUCACUUGAUUUCCUUGCUUGCAUGGCGACCCUGAGGGACUGCUCACAGUCUAAUGUUAAACAGGGCGGAAAAAAUUGAUCACAGAUACCAGGAACUGGUUUAAACAAUAUAAUCUUAUAGCUGUACCUACUCUUUUUAGGAUGGGAAAGGGCUUUUGAAACAGCUCGCUUAGCAAAGAUACCUCAUCUGCUGUAUAAAGAGCAGUGGGAGAAAAAACAACUUCAGGUAAAGUAAAUUUAAUACUUGCUUAAGCCUGAAAACACAAGCUGCUGGAUCACGUCACCAUGCACCUACAGUCAAUAAACAAAAAAAACUUCCUGCAUUUUCAUUUCCUCAGGUUGUUCUUUCUUGAAAAGAAAAAUGAACUUGUGGUCCCAGGACACAUCCAUUCUCACAAGAAAUUUUAAUCCCUCAAAGUGUCUAGUUGUUCAAUGUACACGACUUUUUGUAUGGAUGUAUAACUGUAACCCAUGCAAGGCUGAGUUAUGUCAAAGGAAAAUGUAUCAGGGAAGAGUGUAUUUACUGAAAGUACAUGUGUAUAUAAAAUUACUACCAUAAUUAUACACACUUAAUAAUACUUGUUUUCUCUUUUUUUACAACAGAAACAACUGUUGGGUCCUGGAACAUACAACAUCACUGACUUUAUUGAUCACAUGUCCAGAAAGCCUGGCAGCAAACGAGGAGUGUGUGAAACAAGAGAAGCAAGAUUUGAUACCACAAAAUUGGUUGGUUAGCUUUAAUUUUCAGGGAUUCAGCAGGAUUCAAGCCAUUGCAUUAGUGCCCACAGCCAUGCAGCAAGUUCAACUAACAGAGCUGUGAAAUUACCCAUGCAUGUAUAUUGGGAGCAGACUAACUUGAGGCCCUGCCAGGGUAAAUUCCGACAAGCAACAUGACCCAAUAAGUAGCACCAGACCAUAAAAUGAAAUCGCAAGAGACAACCUCCCUCGGCCAAAUUGAUAGCGACAGGGAUGGAAAAGCUGAGAAUAAGCGACAAAGAAUGGUGGUUUGACUAAUUUAUCACCAGUCUCACAGUAUGCUAAAAAGAAGUAACUUUCCCCAAUUUUCUUUGCACUUUAUAGAGAACGUCUGUUAGACCCUCCUGUGAAUUGUGUUAAUUAUGAAUAGGUUUUCGAUAUGCAAAAUGACUAACUGAGAAACUGCAGAACAUUUGGUUUCUUUACAAGGCAUUGCUAUCCCCUUUUUCUAAAAUUCUGACAAAGACAAAGAAUAUUUUGUUCAAUUUCCAACAGCAACGUGAAGCAUUUAUAAACACCGACGUGAGAUGUUUCAAAAUUCAGACAUAAAAAAACAUCGGACCCCCUCCCCUUCCCCUUGGCAGGGUCUCUGACUUGUUGAUUUCAUACAUCUGUGCCUGUAAAGUAGUGAAACAAUUAGAAUGAAGGUGAAAUGUGAACUGCAGGAAUAGAGUGUCAGGCAUUAUGAUGUAAAUUUUACAUCAUCUUCAUUCUAUGUUUCACUUCUAUAAACCUAGGGUUAAGGUCGAUGCACUGGCCUGUUUCAAAUCAGUAUGGGUUUUCAUAGCCCUUGUUGGAGCACUGCCGGACUAGUAAUUAAGAUUAUGAUUGUGGUACAUGUAUACUAGUAAUAUUUUUUUACUGGUUAUUCAUGUCUGAUAUAUUUGUGCCUUAAUAAUUAUUUAAUGUGAUCUGGCACAAAAUCUCAAUGGUUAUUAUUGAGAAUCACUUCACACUGUUAUGAGAAAGAGUCUAAUAAGCGAUUUCCCUUUUGAGCCUUCAGUCUAGUCAUAAAUAAUGUACAAUAACCACAAGACAAGAAUUUUUCUUAAGCCAUUAUAGUGCUUUUUGUUUUGUUUUGUAUGUUUUUCAAUAAGUCUUUGUGACACCAUCAAGAACAAUUACCAAAUUGAGACUGCUAAUUGUCUUCCCAUCAAUAAAGCAAAAGUUUUGCCUAUGCUUAGUUAUCUUGUGUUAAUCUUGUUAGAAAUGAAACCAGUUUAAUCAUACAGUUCUAACUACCAUGGACCCAUUAUUUUGGGCAUGUCUUAAUAAUAAUGCUACAUGUAGCUAUAAAAGAUCACUUUUGACUUUUGCUACUUUCUUUCAUAUAAAACAUUUACAGCUGAAAUGAUAUAAUAAUUACUAUUAUAACAGAGUCAAGUGCCAGGACCAGGGACCUAUGGAGAGGGUGGUAUACCAAGUGCUUUGGUUGAAGAAAAGGAAGUAAAAUCAGUUAGUAAUGUUGGGAUGCUUGAUUCUGGAAAGUCUUACAAAAGACAACUUCCUGAAGUGGUAAGUACAUUUUAAAUGCUGUGAUAAAAGUUAUUCUCCUUUAUAAUCCAGUUUCAAUAGUUGGCUAGUAGAUAAUGAGGAAAUGUUACUGGAGGAGUCUGUGUGGCAGCGAUGCAGGGAUGUCAACUCUCCUGGAUAAUCCGGAAGAAUCCAGAUUUUGAACUGUUUCUCCCAGUCUCCAUAUUAGAGUCUGAAAUCUCCUGGAUAAUCGCCGAAGUAUGCCAUAUUUCUUGUAGAUUUGACUUUCUGACAAUGAAAGUUCAGAUAUUUUGCAUUGUUUUAGCUAUCGUACUAUUAGCUAUCGUAAUAUAAGCAAUAAUGUGAUUGGUGGGAAGUAAACCAAUUAGGUCAAAUGUUACAAUAAUCCAACAACAUCUUUUUUUGCACGUUUUUUCACGUCCGUGCAUUAUGACGCCAUCUAUCAUCCCUUCCCCAUCAAUUCUCAAAUAUUUGAAGAUGUGGGUAGUUGACAGCCCUUGUGAUGCACAACACAGAAAAGUCUUCCAAUGGAUUCAAGGAAAUACCGGUAAUUAUGCAUCUGUGAGUGCAGGAUGGUUAUGAAUAAUGAGAAAUUUUAAAACUCUAAUUCAAUUUUUCCUGGUAAUUUUAGGGAAGUCAUUUAUGUCCUGGACAGUAUGAGAUGAAGAGUUUUACAGAUGAAAUGGAAGCAAGAGUGGUCAGCAAGAGAGGUCCUUAUGAUCUUUUUACUGGUGAAAGAAACAAGCCAAUCUCUGUAGGCUACUUUGCUUUACCGGUGAGAACAAAGGAUUAAAGAAGAAAUUUAAAACAUCCGGUCAACCCCAAGCUAUUGCCAGUCAACUUCUUGACGAAGUAAAAACUGCACUAGUUAUGCUAGUCUUUAAUAGUCACAGUUACAUGUAGUAUCUCAUACACUUCUUUAAAUUGAAACAAGAUAGUACAUGUAUAUAAUUUUUCACUGGGUGUGAUGACAUUAAGGCUUGGCACCAGUUGAAUAUUUCCUACACAAAAGUAUCAUUUUCAUUUGUCCUUUUUUGCGUGUUUUUUGGGCCUUCGACAGUUGUCAAUCUUUUAUUUAUCAUCUAUUUUAUUGUCCUCUUCAUGUAUGUGCCUGUUUGUUCUUGUCAUCAUCAUCAUUUUGUUUCAUGUUAUUUUUUUGCUCCAUGUGCCUUGGGGUUUCUAAUUGGACUGUAAUUUGUUUUUAUCAACAGGCAAAGCAGAACCUUGGCCCUGGUGAAUAUGAUUUGAAGUCUUUUCUACACGAACUAAAUGGUAGUUAUUUAAAACUGUUUUCAUCCUGGAAUUUUUCUUUUUUCGUAUAUUUUGAUCUUUUACACUUUUAUUGUCACGUUUAUUUUCUUUCUUUCUCUGUUUUGUCAGACAAGCACAAAAACCACCAUGGAGCAUUCCUUAAAGUGGAACGUUUCCCGGCUUAUCCCACCAACAGGGUUUACUGUUCCACGCUGAGUCAAUAUCCCAGGGAUCCGGUAAGUCUGCUGUCUGACCAGGUCCCCCCGGCCAAAUACAAGGUUAACUGGGAAUUAGAGUGAACUGACCUGCUUCUUAGAGUUGGAAAUUGGGACAAAGGAAGAAAUAGUAUCUGUAAGCUAUAAGACGAGUCUAAAUAACAUCUUUGUGGGUAAGUUACAGAGAAACGAAACAUGCUCAACUUUUUUUUCUCUCAGUACGUUUUUUAAAUCAAACAUAGCGGUGUGCGUGCGACCCAUCUCUGAUUCCCAGGCUCUCUUUCCUUUAGCAAAUUCGUGAUGAUGUUUUGAUGAUGUCACCCCCACCCCUGCAAAAAAUUUAGCGUGAAACGUGUCCCGAGGUCCCUUCAAUCAAUCAAACCACAACGGGUGUCCCAUACAAUGGUCUUCCAUUCCACGUCAUAUCGAAAACACUGGUACUUGUUUACAGACUUAACAAGAGUUUUUCUUUAACAGAGUGACCCAGGACCUGGGAACUACUCGCCCCAGGACCUCACAAAGCCCGAAGCAUCUAAGAGACCACCAUUUGGUUCGUCUGCUGAACGAUUCGAUCGUCAUGCCAGGCGGUUUUUCCUCGGAAGUACGGUGAGUGUAUUGAAUCACAUGCAAUCCAAGUUCACUUCCCCUCUGACUUGGUACCCACCUUCAUUGGAACGUUUACUUUCCCAUUUCAUUGUUUUAUGUCUCUAAUAAAGUUUUUUUAUUGUAGAAUCCUGUUGGUCCAGGUCGCUACAAUAUUGAUCGGUACGGAGAAGCACAACACGCAAAUGGACACUGCAGCUCCUUCAACUCAAAAACGAAAAGAUACGAUCUUAUACGUGACAAGUAUUUAACGUAAGUAGUGGUCACCUGAGAAGUCAGUUGUCCAUUAAAUAGCUCUUUCUUAUUUGCCCCCCUUCUAACCACCCUUACCCCACCUGUACAAAGAUUGUAACAGGAUGUCGGCGAGAACAGUGCUAACUUGACAGGCCCAGAGUUUUCAGACAUUAAUGCUGGAUGGUUGAAAUAAUACCGGCACGUUCAUCAAGCUAGAUCCGUUAUAGUAAUCAUGUCAUUUAUUUCUCUUUCAGAGAAAGAAUAAAGCCUCGAGAGAGGGACAAAGUUUUUAUGGUAUCCGUCGACGCAAAAUGAAAAAAAAAAUAUCUGCGCAUUAAUUUUACUCUUACACCAGUUCUGAAGAAGCUGCCUCUAUUGCACUGUUCUGUGAGCCCGCAAGCACCUUUUGAUUAAUACCUGCAUGGCUUCAAAGAAUCCAAUUCUGGAACCCCGACCUCUUUAUUUUCGUAAAUUGGAAAAAAAAAUUACCUAUGUUCUUCACAUGGUAAUUCUUUUUUGUUUUUCAAUUGAAGAGCUAAAUAUGUGAAUCGAUAUUUGUACAUUAUUUUUAUAGAAUUUGGAAUUAUUUUUGUCGCAAUGCACCUUAUAAUAUAUCGCGAGAGAAGUGGCCAUCAUUUGUCGCGAAUAAAAGAUUUUUUCUUGUGUCAACGCGUUUCUUUUUGUUACUAUUUAAGAAAUGUUUUAAUUCAUUAAGGUGACAGAAGGAGACAGCAAAACUAAAGAAAUAUCCUAACAAGUAUACAGACAGCUAGCUUUAACAGGUCAUACAACCCAGAAACUCGUAGUAUAUUUGAAUAAGCGCAACUACUUUUCUUCAGCACCUCAGUGUUCUCUUUUUACAAACGUCGUAUUGCGCUUGGUUAUCCUGUGGUGUUGAGGCAAAACACUCUUUGGUAUCAUUUUGAGAACGCAAGGAGGUAUCAUGUUAAAGAAGAUCAAUCAGGGUCUACAGUUUUGCGCUUCCGGAUUUUAUUUUCGUCGCCCUCUUCCUUCUUUACACUCUUUUUUUUUAUAAGAAUAUUGUUUUUCCGGCCCAGGCUGAAUAUUCUUAUUUUUCUGCCGAUUUUAGGCUGAAAAUAUUCUUGUAUUAUUCUUAAAUUAUAGCUUAUGACAUUUCCGUUUUAGAAUUUAUUGGGGUAUAUGUAUAUAUAUUACAUGUACCGUUCAUCGAACUGACAUUAGCGUUGAACAUUUCGCUAUAGCUAGUGCAGGUUUUUUCGUUUUGUUGGCUAGUUUCGCCGUUCAGAGAAAGGAAUAAUUUUAUACGGUUAAGUUAAAAACAUAAAAUUGUAUUGUAUUUACAGAUGUUUCAACACACAAAAUUAUAUCUAUCCUUUUCAAAAUCUCAGCCUUGGCUUUAUUCUUAAAAUAUUCUUAAUAUUUGGCAAAUUUCAGCCUCGAUAUUCUUAUAAAAUAUAUUCUUAUAAAAAAAAAAGAGUGUAAUUUGCUUCAGCCUUUGUGCAAACGGCUCCCAAUCACAAACCUCGCCCGCCGACUUUUGAUCGCUGAUGAAUGUUAUUGGUCAGUAAUGUAUGUCCGAAAAAACUGAAACCUUUUGUUGGUAGGAAAGUAACAAGCUAUUUGAAAAGCGAAAGGUAAUUAGAAACGAGUUAUGAAUGGGAAGUUAUGUAUAUUUCAAAAAUUCCCCAUCAAUUUCCCUACUCUAUUUCCGACCUUUACUUUUGAUGUUGUAUUUUAAAAAAAAGCCUGUCAAAAAGAGUUUUACAGUAGGGUCGAUUUUAUUUCCUUUUCUAUCCAAGUCAACAUGUCUUUUGUACCUAAAAUGAGAGAAAGUUGAGCUUUGUGUUUCAAAUUUUAGUCGAUCCAAUACCGGCCUUGUUUACUUUCCCCAACUAAGCACGACUGUAAACUGAGUCGGAGAAAAUUGAUCCUUCUCAAAGGUCAUUCAAGGACUUCUAAGAAACAAUGUUUUAAUAGUACAAAACGUCUUUGUUCUCAGACAAAUGCGUUUCAUGAUACACAUCACGUCCUCUGUGUUGUAUGAAGCAGAGAAAUUCACUUUAAGCAAAACAGUACAAAGUAGCUAGGUGGGUGAAAUUCUCGAAAAGCUAAAUGAUAAGCCCAUUCAAAAAAUAUCAAGAACGACUGAAUUUGAAACACUGUUUCGUGGCAUACGUAAAUAUCCCAGAUGGGGGUUUCCCAGAAAAGAGGGAACGUUUUCAAAACAAGAUCCCAUUUUGUAUUGACCGCGUUGUUCUUUUAUUAGCUUAAGCGUCGGGUCAAAGUUUUCACUUUUGACCAAUAACAAGGAGCGAAAGUGGUAAUCAGAGAUUUGGGAAAAUACCGAAUGACGGAUAACUAUUUAAUUCAGCUAAUACACUCAAACAAGCAGUCAACGAUUUUUACAGGAACAGAAAGGACUUGUAUGCUGCGUAUUUUACAAAGAGACGGUUUCGGCAUAUUACAUACAGUCUGCAGUGCCUUGAUUGAAUAGAGGUUCUCAUUAGGAAGGUAUUAUAGAUUGAAUUCUAAUCAGUGUCUAAUGGUAUGAAAUUUCCUUUGUUUUAUUCAAAUCGAAAUUUAUACGGCCUUUAUGAAUCGGACAUAAACGAUAAUAUUGGCUUUCGAGUGUACUUAAUUUGAUUUUACUCAGAUAUAGCAAGUAACGGGUCGGCUUUACGACUCUUGGUCGAAACCAUGCAGCUACAUAAACUAUUGGUGGAACGUUUCGUACGUUCUGCCCAGAAUUACUUUACUUUCGUUUAAUAGAAAGUGAAAGAACACCAGAGCCUGGGAGCUGAGGGGUGUAGUCCCCUCAUGGUUUCCUACUGAGAACGGGGUGUCGUAUUUCGAUGGCAGGAAGGUUUCAUAGUAUCAGUGACGAUCUUCUAGAAUGGUGUAUCGGCUUCUUUUAACAAUGUUUAAGAGUAUUUUAAUAUGCUUGGGAAAGAAACAGCACUGCGGACAACUGAUUUGUAUUCAUACAAAGUGGCUUGACGACAGCCGUGACGAACUAUGACGGCCGGAGCGAGUGAACUAGUAAAUGCUGUUUAUAUACAUUACCUUGAUUAGUGAAUGAUCUCGGUUAGAUUGUUGCAGCGUGCUUUGCUUCUGUAGCUAACGCCGACUCAGUAGGUCUUCGAUUUGACCGUUUCCGACCCUUUUGUGAGAUCGUAAAGCUUCAUUGAGUUGCAAUUUGCUGUAUCAUCAGUGCUUUCUUAUUGCAGCGAGUCUUAGCUGCAGCAGGUCUAUGCCAGAAACUCGCGAGAAAAAAGACGUCUCAAGACUUAUUCACUGGGAGAUGUACAUAAAAAGUGUUUCUUCUUUAUAUUUUGUAUUUGUAUUUUAACCCCAGUCAAGCUACAAAUAUCUUGCCAUGUGAGAGUACAAAACUAAUGGCCAUGGAUUUGGACACACUACUAGCGGAAGUAAACAGAAGCAGAGAAGAAAUCGCAGAUGGAGACCAAAUAGGUAAGUCGGCCCUCGAGUUAAUUGCUCAGUUCCGACUCUAAGCAGGCCUCUCUCACGCAUAAACAGUAAAAUGCCGGAACUGCUUUAUUUUAGGCCGGAAAAUGAAACUUGCCCUUCCACACGUAUCCGACACGUAUCCGGAUUCACUGUAGUAUCCAGGACUCCUCUAGGGAUAUUGGCAACAGAGCAUGCGUCAUAAAACGCGCGAAUUUUGCUCUGCCUUUCACGGUAAAGAACUGGGCUCGUUCUUGUUUGGUCACGGGAUGAAAAAAUAUCCGGACUAGCGUCCACACGAUUCCAGAUUCAUAGCUUAUUCAUAAUUUCUACUCUGGAGAGCAGAUUCAAAAAGUUGCGGAUUCUUCUACGGGAUUCACCGGAUACGUGUGGACGGAAGCAAAAGUUGCGGAUUCAAACAUGUCCGGAUACGUGUGGACGGGGCCUAAGUAAAUUGGUGAAGACACAAGAUGUAUUAAGAAACAACCCUAAAUUGUAAAUACAAGACAUUUUACGUCAGUAGAGGACUUUCAAAUACUAUAACACUGCUACAGCAUUACUUCUUUCUGACUUUCGAUAUAUUGAUAUAUAUUCGUGUUCGUCGUCACUGUUUUGGCAUUUGUACGUGAAGGCAACAACGAAAAUCCUUUAGAACUGAUUGUGCUGUUGGUAACUUGCAUGAAGUGAGAUCAGAUUUCGGUGGUUUUUCAGUGCCUUAGCAUGUGGAGGGGCCGGGGGGGCCUGGGCCCCCCCCAAUAAUCUUGACAGGCACGUUUAAUUUGGUCAGCGGCCACGCUCUUCACGCUACUCUUCAGUUCAAUGUGUUCAUUUCGGUUCAAUAAAGCGUGAAAAUUAUUCAUUUAUGGCUCCAACAAGCGAGCAUCUUAAACAAAGUACAUUUCUUAAAUGGGUGAGACCUAGAAAUUAAUGCUCUCGGAAGGCUGAAUAUGCUAUUUCAGAGACCCUACCUUUCAAAAUCUUCAGGGGAGCAUGUCCCCGGACCCUCCUAGCAGCUCGUGCCUUCGGCGCUCCUGAUUGCCCCCCUCCCCCAAUAAAUCUAACCUUGCUACAGCACCGUCUUUGUAUUAGUAAAAGAAGGAUACAUUUGUAGAUACAGACUGCUUGUUGAAGGAAGGACUGGUGACAGCCGAAAACAUCAAGUCCAUCAUAACCGACUUAGCUUCAGAUCCCAAACAAGUGAGAGAAUUCCUGGCGUUAUUGGGCAUAGCGGAUGAUCAGAUAGGGCAUAAUGUCGGGCAGGACUUUGAUGAAACUGAUGGUGCCGCAUUGAGCAACUCUAUUUUUGAGAAGUUACCACACAAAGAACUGCCUUAUAAAGGCCUUGCUGCCGCUCUUGAUAAUAGUUCUUUGAAGCGACAAGAUCUGGUGGUUAAACACUGCCUUAUAAACAAGGGUAAGUGAAUUGGCGAGAAAACGCCCCCUCCGCCGGAAAUUUAAUAAGUAUCGGCACUUCCAGCAUUUCCAAAAUUCAAAUGGAGCUGGGAAUGAGAGACCGAGAGUCACUCUGUGAAUGUGCAGGCCUGCAUCAAAAUCAUUCAUCUCGUUGUUUGUUUGUUUGUUUGCUUUUUUUGUUGUUGUUUUCCUUAAUUUUUACUGCUGCCUAGUUGCUAUUGUUCAAGGACCUUUUCCUUUACACAAGAACUGUUAAAAUGAGAAGUGAUUCCUCGAAGAAGGGCGGUGUUCAUGCUUUAGUUUUUUUCCCAAACACACAAAUAAAAACUUUCAGCACUGAGAAAAACUUGUUUAUCCGGUGCCAAGCAAAAAAUAGUCUUGGUUAUGUCUGACCGAGAAAAGGAAGUAGUAAGCAAUGUAACAGAAAAAUGAUUGCAAUAUCCCCCUUCACUGUUACUAUUGUUUAAAUAAAAACUGCUUUGACAAUGUUCUGGUUGUAGAUAUUAUUCCCAAGAGCAUCUUAGCAAGGGGUAAAACAGCAUUGGCAGCUUAUCGAAGAGCCUUAAAAAAAGGAAAAACGUACGAUAAACGCGUUAAAGUCCUUUUGAUCGGCCAAGACCGCGCUGGAAAAACUAGCGUCGCAAGAGCUCUGAGAGGUGAAGCAUUUGAUGAGGACGAGCCAAGCACAGAUGGUGUGAAAAUGGACGAGCCGCUGCAAAAUGCAACUGAAGAAGAGCCCUGGAGAUAUUCUCGAAGAAAAUCGAGUGCAUUUGAAGACAAGUGCGUGAAGAUAAUGCACCAAGACUUGCUAGAAAAAGUGCAGAAUUCCACUGGAAACUCAGCUGCUCCACCAAUAACGAAUCAACUCAAUGGUAAGUGUAAAGGAAAAGUCUUAAGUCAACUCGCUGUUUUUACUAAUGACUUUUUGAAAACCCUACAACUUUAAAACUGAGAAUUAAAGAAAGUACACAAGUGAGGAGUAUUUUUAUGUGCAAAAGAAAAAUUAAUGUUACUUAGACGGAUCGAAGCGAAACAAUGCCAUGAUAGCAAACAACAUCACGGCUUAACUGACAGACGACCAAUAACAUCGCGACUUAAUUGACCAAUCAGAUCCACAACCAGUGUUUAAUACCAUCAACUGACGUGAUACAAUUCACUUUGACUCUGAAGAUAACUCCAGCACAGGCUGUCGAAACGUCAGUCACUGUCAACAACAACAGUCCUAUUCAGGACUACGUUCACCCUGACUCAACCUACUUAUGGAAUGACUGCUGGGUUCAAACCUUUCAUAUUCAUCUUUCUCUCUAUCAGAUUCUACCUCUAGCUCUCUUCACGCGCUAGAGAGGGAUGAGGUUGAAGCAGUCCCAGAUGGUAUUGCGAAUUUACUCGAAGAAAGCCUUGAGGCUGAUGAAGUCGUUCCAUCGGAUGGUAUAUGGCCAGUGAUAGGGGAGUUGGCUGGCGAAACAGUGGUUAGGGCUUUGCAUCCAAUGUUCAUGACCUCGGAGGCUUUGUACCUCUUGGCGUUUGAUCUCUCAAAGAAUGUUUACGCAAAUGCUGGGGAAGAAAAUGACUCUGGUCUACAUAAUAUCCUGAGAGCUAUGGACACUGUACACUCCUUCAAGCAAUCCAUAGAAGGAAAAACGUUCCCUCCUGUAAUACUUGUGGGCACUCACGCAGACUGCGUCAUACCUGAUGACCCUGAGAAUAAAAUGGAAUGUCUAUCAGAAAGAUUUUGCGACAAUUCUUUAAUGAAGGAGCAUGUUCGAAAGAGCGUUGUUGUGAACAACACGUUGGCAGGUCAUGGACCUGACAAAGAAGACUCUGGAAUAAAACGUUUGCGCAAGUUGAUAUUAGAGGAAGCCGAAAUGAUGCCACAUACCAAGAAAGAGAUUCCUCUUAUUUGGUUAUAUAUAGAGGAUAAGAUCGAAGAAAAAGCUCGAGGCGGAGAGCAUUUUGUCUCCAGGGGAACGUUUCAACGAGACAUUGUUGAAAAGGUUUGCACGCUUGAAGAAGAACAAGACAUCGAGCAGCUAUUACGAUUUCUUCAUGAUCGUGGCACUGUUGUUUAUUACAGUCAUCCAGAAAAUUCAGAUGGUUUGGUAGUGUUGGAUCCACGCUGGCUAGUAAAUAUUUUCCACCAGAUCCUCAACGGUUUACCAAGUAAAGAAGAUAGCAUGAAAAUUCGCAACUACCGAAAGCAGCUUCGAGAGAGAGGUACUCUCGCUUCAGAUCUAGUAGAGCACGUUUGCGAAACACUCGACGACGUGCAGGAAAUCAAGCAUUCAUUGAUUUUCAUAAUGGAGAGGUUAGGCCUUCUUUGUCGAUGCAGCAGUGAAGAUCAGGAAUACCUUGUGCCGUGCAUGUUGGCGCCAAAACCAGAAGAUAAAUUGAUGUCAAUACCAAAAUCAAGCGAUGAAACUUGUUCACCAAAUCUUUACCUUACUUUCAAGACAGAUUAUGUACCAGCUGGGCUGUUCCCAAAGCUUGUUUCUCUCUUUGGAUCAUGGGCAGCGUCCAAAACGGCAUGUAAGCAGCCCCAGAAAUUCUCCAAUGCAGCUCGCUUUAUUUUAGAUGACAAGACUUCUCUUCAAAUUGUCUGCCACAAUAGUGUCGUAGAAUUUAACAUUUACCGACAGGGCGAUUCUCAUGGAGACUCUGGAUGCCACUCGGAGGUUUAUAGGUAGGCGUACUUACUUUACACAAAUUUACCCACAGGUUUUAAAAACGUUAGGAUGCUUUUCCUUUGUCAUGAUGAUAAAAUUUACCGCAUAGGGAAAGAGGGGGUGUUCUUUCUUUAGGCGACAUGUCUCAUUUAUCUUUCCUCUGAUAUUUCCAUUAAACAGAUGCCUACUGAGAAUUAGAAAUUGUUACUCCACAAGGCCUCUACAUUGACCUGUUUGCCUCACCAAAAUAAGUAAGGUGUUUUGCAGUUAGCAGCAUAAUCCCAUUUUCAAGCCUCAUGCAGUGGAAAUUUCGGUGAAAGAAUGACAUUGACAUUGUGUGUUACAAGUCCUAGCUCUAUCUCUUUUUUUUUUUUUUUCAUUUAAGCUUUUUGGAAAGUUGCUCAACAAUAAUUCGUGACGAUUGCCACUGGCUGCGUACGGUGUCAUGGCAGCUUUCUGUCCGCUGCCCAGUGUGCGCAGGCAAAGCAGGCCUUUGUAUCUGGCAUGGCACUCAAGGAUGUCGACACGAAGACUGUGCUCACUACGUGCCUUUAAAGACCGACGGCCCAUACUACUGUCCGUUUGCUGACCAAAUUAUUCCUGAGGGAACGUACUACGAGUGGCUGAAUGUAAGCGUCUUUUUUGUUUGUAACUAACAUUUUUUAUACUCAUUUAUAACUGAUCACUGCUUAUCCUUCAUCCUAUUCUAUCAAUUCAAAGGGGACGAUAAACAGUCAAAUCACACUGCUGUUCCAAAGAGUAUGAUUGAGACUCUCGUAACAUGACUACUUUGCCUGGGUUGUGCAAACUAAUUGGCCACUCAUAAAGGACCCAGUUCCACCACGAAGUUAGUUAAUACCGGAGAAAGCGAACACGACUAGCCCUGGGGUACUUUUGAAGCCCAAUUUGUCCUAACUCAUUAUGGGUUACCGUGAAGUGCUCAAGCUGCUACUUAGGGCACGUUCGAGUGACCGUAUUCCGCAAUAAUAAUGCCUGGAAUAAACUCUAAAAAGCACUUGUUUUGGCUUCAAUUGAAUGAUCAAAUAUAGAAAUCUAGUAAGAAAUGUAGUAAUUAAGAUGAAUGUAACAUUCCAGUGAUCCACAAAUUCGCGAUCGAAGAGAUUUGUCACAAAUUUCUGCUUAUUCCUAUUCCGGAAUACGAUCAAUCGAACACACCCUAAAUCAUCUUCCGGUCGUGGCAUCUCUAAUACCUUUUUUCUUCAUCUUAGGUCAUGGAAAACAACAAUGUACGACAAAACGCAAUUCCAAGUAAGCAAAUUUUUGGAUAUCUCUUUUUGUUCAUACAGUUUAUGGAUAUCAUUCGUUUGUGAUAUUGUUUCGAAUAAUAGGCAUUUUUCUGCAAGUAUUUUAAAGUUAUGAAUUAGCAACCAAGAAUAUCACACCUUAAAAGACGAUGUAAAGUAAGACUAAAAAUACGAGUCCCUGAGCUGUAAAAUGAACGAACAAAAUUUCCAGAGUACGACGUUGUAGAGGCAUAACUUUGUUAUGGUUUUGCUGGGACGCUCAGUCAGCUCUGGACAAAGACCUGGGGCCCGUUUCUCGAAAGUUCCGGUAACUUUUCGGGCCCGAAAUCAAAUAUUCAAAUCGAAAUAUAAAGAAUGAGAGCCCUGGUCCUGGCUAGUAGACUACUCCAUUUUGUUUCACUAACUGAUAGUUUUGUCAUGCUAGAUGCAAAACUAUUGAAGCCUCGAUCUUUAAUGUAAACGGAGACAGCUUACCGGGCCCGUUAAUUAUCGGGACUUUCGAGAAACGGGCCCCUGGAAACAACAAUGCGAAGUUGGAAGGAGAGGUUCCGAAAGCAGAAAACAGAAAACUAAAGCGCUAGGACAUUUACAUGCAGUUGUCCUCUACGUUCUGUUUGAUAACUCGAUCGUAAAAGUUAUUCGGAUUUUUCCAUAUUCGUGUUCUUAAGUGUUUUUCAUAUUGGCAAGGACACCUUAUCACAACUUUUAAUAAGACGACUAUAUUUACUUUAAGCUUUUCAACAGACCUUGACAACCUGUAACCAGGACAGAUCGAAAGUGCAAGUCACCCUGUUAUGUUCAGAAUGGGGUUCAUCAAAGGGCGGGCUGCCGACUGUGAACAGACUAUUAGCCAUAGAAUUGGCAAAACAUCAGGAGCUGCAGGUUAGUCUUUACGUUCCUGAGUGUAGUGAAGACGAUAAGAGAAUGGCUUACAGAUUAUAUGGCAUCACUAUAAUACAAGCACAGAAACGCCCCGGUUUUGAACCUCUUGAUUGUCUAUGCUUUCGUCCGUAUGAGAGUUUUUGGAUAGACGUUGUGAUUGGGCAUGGAACGAAGCUGGGAAAACAAGCCCAAAUGAUCAGACAGUUAUACCCCGAGUGUCUCUGGAUCCAGUUUGAGCAUACUGCCCCGGAAGAACUUUCGAUGCACAAGACUUACCGCCGCAACAUUUCCAUCGGCGAAGAUAAGCACCAAACGGAGGUGCAGCUCAGUGCUAUGGCCGACCUUGUGGUUGCUGUUGGACCGAAGUUAGCUGAAGACUUCAGAAGGUAUCUUCUCUCUUACCAGGAGAAGAGGGUCUUCGAAAUAGUGCCCAGCCCUUGUAUCUUUCAAGAAUUUGACAAACUUACGCAGCCGAAACAAGAUCGUGACAAAUUUUACGUGCUGGUGUUUGGUCGUGGUGACCAAGAAGAUUUUAAACUCAAGGGUUAUGACAUAGCUUCGAGGGCGAUUUCAGAACUAAAGGAUUCGAAGUAUCAUCUUUGCUUUGUUGGAGCAGCUAAGGGUGAGAAGGAAAAGGUGACGCAAUACCUCCUCGAGUGUGGGAUAUCUAAAAAUCAACUAACCGUACGUGGGUUCAAAAGCAGAGUAGAACUCGCCAGGCAGUUUUGUGAGGUGGAUCUCGCCAUUAUGCCUUCAAGAACAGAGGGCUUUGGUUUGACUGCCUUAGAAGCCCUCUCUGCUGGUUUACCUAUUCUUGUUGGCGGAAACUCGGGACUGGCAGAAGCUCUUAAAAAGAUGAACAACCGUUUGGCUUCUUCAUGUGUAGUGAACUCUGAAGACGCGAGGGACUGGGCUGCAGCCAUCAAAGCUGUUAAAGAGCAACCCAGAGCAGAAAGGUUGCAAGACGCGCAAACAUUAAAGAAAGAUUUCAAACAACGUUUCAGCUGGUCAUGGCAAUGCAAAAACCUGGUAAAAGAUAUGCUUUUCUUGGUCAGAGGUAAGCAAUUAACGCUUCGCUGGUUGUAUUAAUGAACCAAAAUGCUCUAAGUAAACGGUAGAAAACGUUGGCUUUGUUUUUUUGCAUAGCCUGAUAUAAACAAGACAGUUAUGACCCGAGACGAAGUCAGCUUUCCAGCCAAUCGGAGCGCCCGUACUGCAUUAGUAAUUCAAUCAAUUGCAAUUGAAGAAAAAGAGCUUUUUUCCCCUCCUGUUGCUCAUUCCAAACAAGAAGAGGUAAUCUUAAAUGCUUUAAGUUUUCACUCACGUGUUUGUAUUCGACUGAUGAAUGUAGUUCGUCAAAGAGAAUUCAGAUUGGCUUCAUUUGUAGCUAUUAAGCGAUAUCAGAGAUCGACCAAUCUGCGCAUAAUGUAUCACCUUCAAUACUCGAUAAUUGAAACUAGAUUUCAAUUUAGUAAAAUCCAGUUUUUCUUUUAGGAAAGAGGCACCCAGAUAAAAUGAGGUCUGAGGGGGAAGAAGCUACAGAACGAGUGCAGGGCGAGAACAGACUAGAUAGUAGAGGAGAUUUAGAAGUGAUCGCAACUGCGUCCCAGUCAAAGUCUGACACAAUGGAAGAAAAGAUAGAAAUCAAAGCGAGAGUUAGCAAUCGCGGUAUGUAUGGUCCUCAAAACUUCGGCAACAUGAACAUGCGUAGGUAGAGGAUAGUAUUUUGUACUGUCUCACUAAAACUGAUAAUGACCUUUGAUUUGUACCCGCUCGUGGUGCUUACGCUGGAUUAAUUAGUUUCAGCUAUGUACCACGCUUUCUUGGAGUUCUGUUCUCUCGUGAAAUCAAAUCACGACUAUCUGUUAGUAUACUUCAGGAGCACCCAACGAGAAUAUAGUUCAAAACCACUUAAACAUAGCAUUGUUAAACGUAUUUUAGUAUUUAAACGGUAGAUAUGGGCAUAUUUUUAUCCCCUAAAAAUUUUUCAUCUGUUCGGAUUUCCUAGCUGAAAGUCUAGUGAUCCGAAAAUUAUAGGGAUCAAAACUUACCUUUUCGAAAAUUUCAGCCAGAAAAAGGCUUCCGAAAAUUCUAGGUGACCUUUUUAGAGUUAAAAUCCUUUAACAAUAGGCAAUUAUACCAUUUUUUAGAUGUUCGAAAAUCCUAGGAGAGGCAGGCAAGCAAGAAAUUUUACAAGAAAUGUUUCGAAAAUUCUAUAUCUCAAAUCGUCUUCCGAACAGAUAUUCUUCCGAAAAUUGUCGUUGGGUGCCCCUGAUACUUGUAGUUGCUUCUGGAGGUUGCCAACUUGUACCCACUAUUUUCAUUUGAAGUGGAGAGAACUGAUAUAAGCGGCUGCCUUUCUUGGAAUAGACAAUGACAUGUCAAGGCAGCAGAAUCACAUCACAUGGUUUUGUAAUAAUACAAGACCUCAUUACAUGAUGUUUUGAAUGUUACAGAGGUAGACGGUAAAGCCGGCUUUGAUACAGUCAUCGACCAAUCUUUGAGUACCGGCCCCAUCAAUCACUGCCAUCAGGUUACGGGACAAGUUUUAAAAGAUGUUCCUGAUUUUCAAGCAGUAAGUAAGGUAAAGUACGCGAUAUUUUUUUAGGAAAACAAUUCACGCAGCUGAUAUUAUGUCUUAACCAGUGGUUUGUUUGCGCAGGAAAAAGAUGAACUGCGACAUGUUGAUAAUGUAUUGCAUAGGAUUUGGAGUUACAAAGUGGACUACAAAGAAAGAAGAACAUAUCAAUUAUCAUUCGAAGCAAAUUUUUCUUUCUUUUCAUUGGCCGAGAGCCCACCGCGUGACCUGCAAAUAACUGCCUUCAAAUAAUAGUCUGCUCAUGCGCAAUGCCGUCCAACUGUGUUUGGCUGCAAAUAAUAUUCUGCACAUGCGUAAAGGAAACCGUGCUUUUCUCCUUCUUGCGAUCGCUCUUGCGUGAAAAUAGCAGAUCGCUUCGCUUCCCGAGGAUAUUCAUUAAAAAAACAAACUCGGUCAAAUCACGAUAUUUUGCUCAACCUCGUCCAAUAAUUGUUAAUUAUUCUGCUUUAAGGGGUUAAUAACUCCCCCACCUGCAAUGGGCUAGAAACGGAUAGCGGCAGUGUUAGUUAACAUCACGCAUCACGCGACGCAAAUUAAUUUCUCUGUUAUCAAAAAGUCAGUCAGAUUGACUCGGGCAGCUUAGUGUAUAGUUAUCAGGUGAUGGAUUACCGUCUUUUUCAACAGCGUAACGUCUGUUCGCAAGCGACCAAAAAAGGAAGGACAAAGUCAUUUCUUGACGACUGCAAAAAAAACAAAGAAAAGGGAAACUUCAAGGGGAACAAAGGCAGACUCAAGCUAGGAGUAUUGGUCGUCGCCACAGUCGUAUUCUUUAUUUCAUUUAUUUUAACUAGAGUCUUGUAAAUCGCCCAUUGUUGUGUUUAUUUAAAUUUGUAUAUAUGUACCUUCUAUAGGUUUAACAUUACAAAAACAUCACAUGAUUUUUCAAAUCCUUACAACUAAAUAAGGGAAACAGAAAAAAUCUAAAAUAGACCUUAAAUAGGCCAGACAAUAUUAAACAA